UCCGUCUCCAUGACGACAAUGCCAACUCAGUCCUCUGAUGAAAACCAUCGAAUGCAGUCGAAAGCCCCGGACAAGCUACGGGAAGCCCAGUGUUCAGAUGCUUUCUGAUGUUGUGACAGUGGUGAGGAGCUAGAUGAGGGAGACAGCGAGAAGGUGGAGUGCAGGCUACUGGACAGUACGUACACAACGGGGACCAAGACUCCGAAUUCUUUUCGGCCCGGCGGCUGACUUUAACGGUUGUGGACCUCGGUACGAGGUAAACUGCAAUCUGGAUUACAAACCAGCGGGAGAGGAGGGCAGGGCGGAAACGUCUGGAAUGAAAGAGGAAUAAAAAAAAGAUAGCCGAUAGCUUAGGGGGAAAAAAACAAAAAAAAAAAAAAAAAAAAAACGGGGAGCGACAUCGCAAACGAGCCACGGAGGAGGAAACGGACCCCGGCCAGACGACCCGUUAGCACGGAUACAGGGAGGCGACAGAGGAGGAGGUGGAAAUAAAGGGCGAAAGGCUGACAAGUAACAUUAGAGAGGACAGCUAUUAUCACCAGGGUAUGGCAGAUGCGGAGCUGGACUUCCAGACGGGUGAUGCCGGGGCCUCCGCCACCUACCCCAUGCAGUGCUCGGCCCUGCGCAAAAAUGGCUUUGUUGUGCUGAAGGGCCGACCCUGCAAGAUCGUCGAGAUGUCCACCUCCAAGACCGGCAAGCACGGCCACGCUAAGGUGCACUUGGUUGGCAUCGACAUCUUCUCUGGCAAGAAGUAUGAAGAUAUUUGUCCCUCCACCCACAACAUGGACGUCCCCAACAUCAAGAGAAUGGAUUACCAGCUUAUUGGGAUCCAAGAUGGCUACCUGUCCCUGCUCCAGGACAGCGGCGAGGUGAGAGAGGACCUGAAGAUUCCCGAGGGAGACCUUGGCAAAGAAAUAGAGAGCAAGCACGAAGCCGGAGAGGAGAUCCUGAUCACCGUUCUAAAUGCAAUGGAUGAAGAAGCUGCAAUCGGCAUCAAAGCCUUGGGUAAAUAAGCCACUGCAGGGGCAAACGAGAUGCGCUGGACCUGGGGAAAAGGAGGGGAUAUUGCCUCGUCAAUGCUAUUCUCCCUCUUUUAGUCUUUGUUUUUCAUACUCUCUCCCUGACUCUGUUUUCUGACCUUCUUUUGGGUUCAAUUAGAGAGAACCUUCAACAGAUAAUUGGAAUGUUGAAUGGUAAAUAAACAACCUCUAUGUACAUUCACACACAAUAAAACCACAUCCAAGUCCAGACGUACAGAUGUAAAAAGAUGUGUAGAGGAAAGUCUCACCAAUAACUGAGUAGGUCUACAAAUAUUCAGUAGCUACCUACCAUCAGGGGAAAGAGAAAUGGUGAUAUUGUCACAGCUGUUUUGUUUUGUAUAUGUUCCCCUGUUUUAUCAAGGGCUUCAACUCUAGAUCUGCAUUGUUCUGUUAAGGCUUGUUCAGUGCGUGUGCCGUGCAGGACCGAAUACAUGACUAGGUUUUGUCCUUUCCGUAUGGCACUUCUCUUUUGGCAAUUCAUCUGAACAAGCCCUCCCUCCGCUGUUUAUUUCAUCACCUGAAACUUGUCUAUUAAACAAAGGUUACCAACAAGGCACGCCAGGGUGCAGUUUCUUUUUGUCUCAAGGCUUUGAAAAGUUUCAAAGAGAAACAAAAACCUGCUCCGAGAACAUACAAAUCCUCACCUGUUUGAGGUCCUUCGGCCAAACCUUAAUCCUACUUCAUUUGCUUCACACAGAGCUAUUUGGAGAAAUGACAGGACUAUUAUUUGGCGUACUGUGAGCAAUGAUUCAGGAGGCAGACAAGUUGUGGAAGUUUGGUAUCCUUACCUUGUUUUCAUAACAUCAAGUCCAAACUGUGCAGGAUGUCUUCAUGGCCAAAAAAUAAA